AUGCCAGAUCCGACAACCAAGCCAGCGAUGGGUCAAAAGCGUCCGCCAAGGAGUGCGGGAAGGCGCAGGCUCGAUGCACCCGAAGCCAUACUGUCCGAGGAUCGGCGAAGCCAAAUCCGCCGUGCUCAAAAAACAUAUAGAUUGAAAAAAGAAGCCAGCCUUCAACAAUCACAAAAGCAAGUGGCCUUCCUCGAACAUAAGAUGCAAAAAAUUACAGAGUCGCUUGUACAUUACAGAGUCACGCUUCAAUCGAGUCUAUCAGACACCCAUUGCGACCUUCUCAAGCAUUUUGACAAUAUUCUAAGUCUUCUGGCAUCGUCGGAGGACUUUGUCCAGGGAACUAGCGUCGACGACAUUUCAUUGAGAGAAACUUCUAAGAAGUCUACUCCACAACCACUCAUGGAUAUCCAGUGCGAUGACCGUUUUCCUAAUGAUACUAUGUCUGAUCACCAAGUCAUUGUCGAACCAAGCUCCACAUGCACUGAUAGGUUCCCGGCAACCGCGGUCGACCAGUAUCAAGAAACCGGGGAGAGGGACAUUUGUCGAUCCCCGCGUGUCAUACAGGAACAUAUUGGAUUAGAUCAUGACCAUCCCGUUGUGCAAAUCAUCGAUCAAUUUGGCGGAGCCAAUGUCCCCGAUUCAUAUUCAUUCCUGGAAACUUCCUUUACUCGAAGACUCAAACGAUCCAGUCUGGAGCAUGCCUUCCGGAUAUUUAAUGAUACACGCUCUGAUCCGCUUGAAGUCUUCCGAGUAUUCAGACUUGUCCCGUGUUUCAGGGAUAGGGCAAAGAUGCACCCCUACUUUAGAGACCUGGUCAGUUCCGGACGAGGCAGUUCACUGGAGAUCUCUACACUACCAUUUUAUUGUAUUGGGGGAGCUGGAACGCAUUAUGCAACGAAAGACGAAAAAGGAAACCCUAUUUAUCCCCCGAAGAUGAGGCUCCCUCGAAGAAUACUCGGUACUCUACCCAUGCCUGGAACUCUCGGGGACUCGAAUUCAGUCCAUCAGACCCAGAGUAAUCUACAGCUUUGUGGAUUCGGCGGCCAGUGGUUCGAUUGCCGCGAUGUGGAAGGAUAUCUUAGAGAGCAAGGUGUGGACUUGGAGGGAUCUGGUUUGUUUCCUACCGUAAAUAAUUUAGCACCGAGCCUCAGUCAAUCCGAGCUGGAAUCUGGAUUUUUGAGCACUCAACGCACAUCGUUUUCCGACCCGCAGACUGAACAAACGCUUCAAGUAUCCGUUGACAGAAUGUCGGACGUCAAUGGCUUGCUCUGUACCCUAUGGAGCAAACAUCGGUUGACGAUUGCCAUUGCAUUCAUCAGCUACAUAGCAUUGGUUGCCAUUCUUCGAUACCGCCGCAUGGCAAAUAUUGAGGCCCCAUUCGCACCUGGCAAAAAGGCCUUGUCGGAAAUGACAGGAAAAGAAGCACACGCUAUCCUGAGCCAAUUACAGGAGCUCGAGUUUCCACACGCUUUUGCUAAAGCUCGCAAACUUGCUCUAUUGAAGGCUGGAGGUAUCCCGACUAUGUCCAAACUCUUCGCUGUUACAGGCCAAAACAAUAAGCGGAAUUCGGGGAAGCGCGCUGUUGAUACGGAAAUCCUCUUGCGAGAGGUGCAGUCUAAACCAAGGAAUUCUGAUCGCUAUUCAUCAGCUGUGGCCAGAAUGAAUUUUCUCCAUGCUCGUUAUCGCCGUGCCAACAAAAUCACGGAUAAUGAUCUCCUCCAUACUCUGGGUGACGGUCUUGCUGAGAUCCUGAACGUUGUUGACAGAGAAGAAUGGCGCAAGCUUACCGACGUUGAAAAAUGUGCUCUCGGCAUCUUUCACAAGAACUUGGGGGAAGACAUGGGUAUCCCCUUUGAUGUGCUUCCUUCAAAAGCCGAUGGAUGGAAAGAUGGCCUGCAAUUUGCGAUUGAAUUGAGAGACUGGACAAUCCAAUAUGAAGAGGAAGUGGCAAAGCCCACGGUGACGAACGAUCAAUACGUCCGAGUCUACGUUGAUUCGGCAUUGUCAUCGCUGCCUGGGUUCAUAAGAACAAGUGUCCGGAAGAUGCUGGGUAAUGACUUGGACGAUGUCAUGAGAACGAGCCUUUGUCUUGAGUCCCCUGGCCCAGUCCUUUGGUUCUUACUGGCCCUCAUCAGAGAAGGACGAAAGGUAUUCCUGCGAUAUCUUGCACUUCCACGCUCUUCGUCCAUUAAACUAGUGGACGAGAUGCCAAACCAAGAAACGCGUCUAUAUAACUUCCAAAGAAAAACCCUGCAGCCUUGGUAUGUUAAACCGGCUUUCUCGUCAAAAUGGGGACUCGGCGCGAUGCUUGUUAGAGCACUGGGAGGAAAGGUGCCUGGGUCGCGAGGAGACCGAUAUCAACCAGGAGGAUACGACUUGAUGACGAUCGGGCCGGAUCCACAGAAGGAGCACGGAGCGGAGGAGAUGAAAUCUGAUAUUGAGGUAAUUAAGGCGAGAGGUGUGGUUACAUGUCCGUUCUCACAGGCAAAGGCAAAUCCCGGUCACUUUCAGUGA